AAGAAACUUAAGUUGUCCUAUUGUUCAAGUAUAAUCUUUUGUAUUAUGACGAGCAUGUAGCUAUUCUGUUACUCUUCAUAUCAAUCCGAUUUCUCAUUGUCUAGUGUCAGCUCUACUUCUGCUCUAAUAGAAAAUUACUUGUCAUAACGGGCUGUAGUAGAGCAUCUCGACGCGUUCUCGCAGCCUGAAUCAAACUCGAGGCCCAAAACCAUCGCGGGCCAAAACCAUCCGCACAACAGCCUCCAGGAUGUCCUACUACGAUGUUGAUGCGAUCCUCACGGACGCUCAAAAAAUCCCGUGCCACUUCACCCUCGCCGUCCCCGGCCUUGGCCACCUCGACGCCUCUUCGACACCCAUGCUCAAAGCCUCCACUCCUCUCUCCCUCCCACUUUGGCUCGCCGAAACAGUCGCCCUGAAUUCUCCUACACCGCCCAAACCCGUGCUCUCACUCGACCUCCCCGAGGCUCUCUCCCCUACCGUCAUCGCAGCCCUAAAAGCAGCCCCCACCGCCGUCGACCUACGCGCCCAGGCGCCCUACUUUUUUGCUCUUGCGGCACGACUCCUAGCGUUAUUUGACGAUGAGCCUAUGCUAGCGGUGCUGCAAGAGGCGUUUAAGAAGAGGUCGGGGGAGAUUGUAGAUCAUGCAAGCAAUGUGGGUGGGAGGAGUGGGGCGGGUGUGGCAGCGGAGGCAGUGGAAUUUUUGAGGGGCUUGGAUGAGGAAGAGAGGAAACUAUUUAGAGUGGCGCAUGAGAGUGCUAAGGCGGCGAAGGCAUGGUUGGAUGAUGAGAAGCGUUAGGUGAAUUGGGGCUGGUUGGCGUCCAGGAAUAUACCCUUUUUUCUUGAUUUGGGAUUCGUGAUAUGAUAAUUUGUGCUGCUUGGCAACUGCAAGCUACACUAGUGAUUCGAUAGUGUAUUUCCUGUUCUUUUCCAUUAUUGUCCCUUAACAAUAUCUUCGUAUAAAAUAUUGUCAUAUGCACUACACGUGGGGCGGAAC